UAUCAGAUGUUAGAUAGAGCUGAAGUGGUGAAAGAUUUGACUAUCCUUAAUUCACAUCGAGUAUCAUAACUUCACGUCAGAAAAUAUGAAAACCGUUUUUGUAGUUGUAGCAAUCAUUUGUGGUGUUUGUGAAGGCCAAUUCAAUUUAGCGGAAUUUGGUUCCUGCAAUAAAAGAUGUGGUGUAGUGGGCCUCCCUUGUGCCUGCAUAAAGAAUUGUAAAAGUGCAUUCUGCUGUAAGGAUUUCGACGAGUAUUGUACGAAUAACAAUUUAGGAACGAUUUCAUCUUUGAGCGACUUGCUUUCUGGUCAAAAUGUCGGUAAUAUUCGUGUUAUUACCAUAGGAUCUCCAGACAAUAAUCAAAAUCAAAAUACCGGCUCUUCUCAGAUUUUUUGUUCAAACCCUGCCCCAAUAUCUAACGGAAGGCAUUCAGGAACCAGGACGUUUUAUACCCUGGAUUCAAGCAUCACAUAUACAUGCGAUUCCGGUUACACUAUGAAAGGAAUACCAAAAAGAACAUGCACUUUCGAUAUCCUUGGUCCAUUAUCUGGUGGUUCGCCAGGACUUAGGUGGACACCGAAAGCUCCUACUUGCGAAAGUAAUACACCUGUUGGCUGUAAUCCACGCAACUGUGGAUUUGUACCUCUCUGUUACAAUCCUAAUUGCCCAGCAUAUCCAAAUGCGGUAUGUAAACCGUCAUAUUGCGACUGUACAGAAAAUUACGAAGUAAACGGACAGUCUGUUAACUGCAAUGAACAGCUGUGUGAACCAAGGAAUUGUGGAAUUGUACCUCUAUGUUAUCGGUCAAAUUGCCCAGCUUAUCCAUAUGCUGAAUGUAAAUCAUCUUAUUGUGAUUGUAGAGAAUGGUAUGAAGUAAAUGGACAACGAGUCAACUGCGGAGGUGGAGGAAAUGAUCCUUGCCAAAACAACAAUUGCCAUGAAAAUGCAGACUGCAUCCCAAAUGGCCAGUUUCAAUUUACUUGUCGAUGUAAAAGUGGGUACGAUGGAAAUGGAUAUCGAUGUACGGGAUAUGAUCCCUGUCAGAACAACAAUUGUCAUGAAAAUGCAGACUGCAUCCCAAAUGGCCAAUUUCAAUUUACUUGCCGAUGUAAAAGUGGGUACGAUGGAAACGGAUAUCAAUGUAGGGGUUAUGAUUCUUGUCAAAACAACAAUUGUCAUGAAAAUGCAGACUGCAUCCCAAAUGGCCAAUUUCAAUUUACUUGUCGAUGUAAAAGUGGGUACGAUGGAAACGGAUAUCAAUGUAGGGGUAAUGAUCCUUGUCAAAUCAACAAUUGCCAUGAAAAUGCAGACUGCAUUCCCAAUGGACAAUAUCAAUUUACUUGCCGAUGUAAACGUGGGUAUGAAGGAAAUGGAUAUCAGUGCAGAGAUUACACUCAGACAGAGCAGCCGUGUGAACCAAGGAACUGUGGGAUUGUACCUUUAUGUUAUCGACCAAAUUGCCCUGCUUAUCCAUAUGCUGAAUGCAAAUCAUCCUAUUGUGGUUGUAGAGAAUGGUAUGAAGUAAAUGGACAGCAAGUCAACUGUGGAGGCGCAGUAAACUUUGCAGGCACAGAAAACGAUCCUUGCCAAAAUAACGAUUGCCAUGAACACGCAGACUGCAUCCCAAAUGGACAAUUUCAAUUUACUUGUCAAUGUAAAAGUGAUUAUGAUGGAAAUGGAUAUGAAUGUACACCAACGGACCCUUGCCUAGAAAACGAUUGCCACGAAAACGCCAAUUGCUUUCCAACCGGACAAUUUGGAUUCUCCUGCCAAUGUAAGAAUGGAUACGAAGGGGAUGGACGCGACUCUUGCGGAGGUUCUUGCAAAGGACGAUGUGGUAGCUAUGAAGGGGCAUGCCUUUGUACAGACUGUGAUCAAUUCUCUUCUCGUUGCUGCGACGACUAUCAAAGCGUUUGCGCCCGCAUAAAUCCAUCUCUUUCCUCUGAUUUUGGGCAACAGAAACCGCAGUUUUCUUGCAAAAAGCCCGGUUUUAUCGAAGGCGGUACACAUUCUGGUGUUUCACAAACGAGCUUUCCUGUCGGAUCAACCAUAUAUUACAAUUGUUUCAUUGGUUAUUCCAUCGUUGGAGCAAGACAGAGAACUUGCAGUCAAAGCAGCUUUGGAUUUGGACAAAAUGCGGAAUGGAUUCCGGCGGCACCCACCUGUGAAAGUGGAGGAAAUGAUCCUUGCCAAAACAACAAUUGCCAUGAAAAUGCAGACUGCAUCCCAAAUGGCCAGUUUCAAUUUACUUGUCGAUGUAAAAGUGGGUACGAUGGAAACGGAUAUCGAUGUACGGAUGCCGACCCCUGUAGUGGCAUUAAUUGUCAUCAAUCCUCGUUCUGUCGACCGGAAUCCGGUGAACCCGUUUGCUUUUGCAUAAAACAGCAGUGGGAGUGUGACUCUUAUUGCCAACCUGAACCUAACUCAUAUUUGGAUGGAGAACUUGCGAUUAACAGUGGAAAAUUUGCAGAAUCGAAGGGAAAUCUUCCUGCUGAACUUAGAGUUGAAUACGAUAUUGUCACUUAUUACAUUUCUGUGGAAGAAACCGAUUCCGCUUCGGAACACGUCAUCAAUGUUGCAAAAUUACUCGAUUCUAAAAACCUUUGGACUUUAGGAACUCAGCUGCAGCAACAAUACUUUCAAAGUUCGGUUCCGUUGCAAAAAGCUAUGCUCGCCUAUUUCGUAGGCGUAUUGGGUGAUAUAACAUGGGCUAAUAACCAAUUUAAUUUUAUGCAAACAAUAUUUGCUGACGCUAUGGAUGGACCUGUGGGUGAUAUUAUAAAAGAUAUUGACCAAGACUUACAAAUUCUUUAUCAAGAAAAAGAAAAUGGCGGAAAUGGACAACAACAACAAGGAGGUCAAGCAAACGAUAAAUUGGCAGAAGCAAUCGAAAGUGAAAUGGAAAUCAUUGUUCGAAUCAAAACUUCAAUUGGUUGGUCAUGUUCAAAAGACUUAGUAAUAUACAUGGGAGAACUAUUGAAAGCUUUUAAACCAGACGGUCUGAGUGGUAAGUUAAAGGAGUUACUGAAAAAGAAGUUGAUAAGAAGAAAUCCGAUCAGUCGAGCAAUAAUAUUGUAUCUACUCGGUAAAACUGACCCAGCAGAAUUGGCAUGUUCUCUUCGAGCGCUAGAAAUGAUCAAAAAAAGCGUUGUUGGAGAGUGCCGCUCGUUUAUUAGCGCACUUAUCACAUCACUGAAGAAAAAAGAUAAAUUCAAAAAAGAGGAUGUUGUGAAAACCUAUUUGAAAAAAAUUGAAUCGUUGGCAACUAGCAAGCCAGAAAAGGCGUGUUAUUUUGUUGAUUCACUUCUCUCAAUUUUGUCGGGCAUGGAUCCUCAAAAAAGACCUGAAAUCGUAAAAUUACUCGAAUCUCUCCUCGAAAACAAAAAUACCAACAGUGAUGCUGUAUUACGCUACCUCAUAGCUAAACUUGAUCCGAAUAAGGCCAAAGAAAACCGAGACAAAAUGGUUCAGAUUCAAGCCGUCUUGAAAAAGAAAGGAAAAGAUUAUUUGGUUACAAAAUUGUUGGAUAACCUAUGAGCUUUCAAAUGAGAUCUUGGAUUUUUUUUUUACAAAAAUGAGGACGGAACGCGUAAUUGACUAUUAUGGUAUUUGUAUUGCAUGAGAAGUACAAUGACGAUCUUUUCGUUUUUAACAUGUAUAAAUUUAUAUUAAACAAU